AAUUAAUCGAUGCUAGGAGUAGAGGUCGCCAAGAAUGCAUGGAAACAAUGGGGCCUCCAAGCACUGGCGAUGCUCAGCUUCACUCUCCAGGUCGCGCUCCUCAUCUUGACGGAGUUCCGCAGGCGCAUCGACUCCGGUGUGCUAAGGUUCUUCGUCUGGUCCGCAUACAUGCUGGCCGAUGGGACAGCCAUCUACGUUCUGGGCCAUUUGUCCGUGACCAGCGCGUCACCCGAGCACGAGCUGAUGGCAUUCUGGGCGCCAUUCCUGCUGCUGCACCUUGGCGGGCAGGAUAACAUCACCGCCUACGCCAUCGAAGACAACCAGCUGUGGCUGCGCCACCUGCAGACUCUCGCCGUGCAGGUGGCUGCAGCCGCUUACAUCCUCUACGAAUCCUCCAUCAUCACCAGCCAGUCGUUACUCCGGCUGGCUACCGUCCUCAUGUUUGGAGUCGGCGUUCUCAAGUACGGAGAGAGGGUGUGGGCACUCAAGUGCGCCGGUAGUAGCCCAUCGGGCAGCAACUACCGGCCUUUCAACAGGAAGACGGCUUCUGCCGUUGGACCUUUGCCAAGUCGACAGGACCGAGAUACAGAAGCCUUUCUACUGAUAGCUCACCGGCUGUUGGCUGCACCCAUGGAUUUGUUGAAGGGUCCGUCAACCUUUGUAGAUGUACAAUGUGGUACUUCAACAAUUCCUGGGGAGGACCUUUACAAGGUGGCCGAGAUGCAGAUCUCCCUGAUGCACGAUGUCUUCUACACCAAGGCUGAGGUGACCCAUAGCUGGUACGGCCUCUGCAUCCGUAUAAUCUCAUCGCUGGGCACCGUCACUGUAUUGUUGCAGUUUCAUCUACAGGGUGAUCGUAAGGAUGGUUACAAUAGAGUAGAUGUGGCCGUAACCUAUGUCCUACUAGUUGGGGCCAUCAUCCUGGAGAUCACAUCGGCAUUGCGGGCCAUGCUCUCAAGCUGGACAUUUGCGCUCCUGUAUCAGAGGGCAGAAGAGAGAAAUGUAUGGCAUCUUCUCGCCUUCAUAGUUGGUUCCCUCCGUCGGCUCGUCCAUGCUGCCGAUUGGUGGAGGUACUGGUCGGGCUCCAUGGGACAACACAACUUGCUUCAGUUGUGCGCUCGGAGCUGGGCCAGCAAGAGUAGCAAAAUAGCAAGAUGGAUGGGACUCGAGGAUCCAUGGAACACGAUGAUUUACUCGUCGUCCAUCCCUGUCCCGGCGUGCAUCAAGCAGCUGGUGGUUGAGCAAGUACUCAAGAGUGAAGGAACUUUAGAGUCAACCCCAGAACACAUCCAUAACUCACGGGGUCGGGAAGCGCUGGAGAAAAGAGGAUUGUAUGAGAACCUGGCUUGGAGCAUCGACAUCGGCUUGGACGAGAGCAUCCUCGUUUGGCACAUAGCCACUGACCUGUACCUCUAUUGGUACAAGGAGAAAGCAAAGGGCGACCCGGAGCUGCUGGCUCAUGCAGGGGUGAUGAAGACUGUCGAGGCACUCUCCAAUUACAUGCUUUUCCUCCUUGUUUCUCGUCCGUACAUGCUGCCUCCACCUGCAAGCCGCAACGCGUAUGUCCAUGUGUGCCAUUUUCUAUCUUUUCUUGAGCACGGCACACCUGAGGAUUUGGCCAACCUUCUGCGGCGCAGUGGGAAUGAAUUGAAUACUAGAUCUAACACUGAAGCCAAUGACAUUACUCUAACAGGAAUCUCAGGUGAUUCCUCUCGCUACAAGAAAAUAUUGGACAGAGGAUCUCAGCUUGGGGCAAAGCUCGUCGACGACAAGUUACAAGACUCGGGUACCGCUGGCAUUCUGGAGCUCAUCACUCAAGUUUGGGUGGAGAUGCUCUGUUAUGUGGGCUACCGAUGCAGUGCCUAUUCUCAUGCCAAGCAACUCAGUAAUGGUAGCGAGCUCAUCACCGUUGCUGCCCUUCUAAUGGAACACAUUAGGAGGCAAACCCCCGAGCCCUAG